AUGUCGUCCGCACGGCACUCCUAUCGACGCCCUGGCCAGACCUCGUCCGGGGCAACCACUUCCCGAUCCGCCUCUGCCAGUGAGGACGAGUCGCAGUACUAUAACGAUACUGAAGGCAUCAGCUCCGAUUCGGCGGAAAACGAAGAUUACGCCACAUCCGAAGAGGGGGAUCUCCAUCCGGACGAUUCUGCAUCCGUCAGCCCUGCUCCCAGAUAUCAAAGCCGUCCGGCGCCACUACAGCGUGCUCCCGUCCGUCACCACCAGCUCCCUCACCACCCUCACCACCCUCCUCCUAGCCAAUUCCCGUAUCGGCCCGGUUCAGUGCCGAACCAUCCUGAAAGCGUGGCUCCCUCCGAUGAAUACACACCGUCCCCCUUCGCCCCUCGCGGCGUUGGCGGCUAUGGCCAUAGGCCUCCCGCCCACGGAGGACACCCGGGCUCCUACUACGGCGGCCGUGGCGGUCACGCACCCCCCGGAUUUCCUCAAAGCCAUGUCAGCGGUUUUGCUCCGAGCCCCUAUGGACAUCCCGCAAACCAGAUGGUUCCCUUUGGCUAUGGUGGCAACAAUGCAUUCUCCCCAAUGUCUCAUGCCAGUGGGCAGAGCUAUUUCCAUGACCCUCGCCAAUCCCAGUAUGAUAUGAUGCCGUAUCAGCAGCCGCAACCACCGGCUAUGUACAACCAACCAGGCUACGGACAGAUGCAUCAAUGGGGCAUGUAUCAGUCCGCACCUCCGCCACCACCCACGGAAGCCCCUGGGCCGUCCAAGACUCCAGCAAACGAGCCACCGCCGCCACCCAAGGAGGAUCCCGAGAAGAUCAAGCUCCAGCAACAAAUCGAACUCUUCAAGAAGGAGCAGGCACAGAAGGAGGAGGAGCAAAAGCGGAAGGAGCUGGAAGAGAAGCUUCGAAAGGAGGCUGAAGAGGCCAUCACCCGCAGGAUGGAGGACUUGAAACGAGCUCAAGAGCAGGCGCAGAGGGAGAUCGAGAAGGCCAAGAUUGAGGCCGAGAAGGCAGCCAGAGAGAGAAUCGAGGCCGAACGCAAAGAGGAGGAGCAGAGGCAGAAGCUCCACCAGGAGGCGAUGGCCCGCGUCGAACGCGAAGCCAGGGAGAGACUGGAGCGCGAACACAAGGCCGAGGCCGAGCGGAAGAAGCUUGAAGAAGAGGCCCGCCUAAAGGCCCAAGCCGAGGCGGAGCAAAGGCUCAGGGAUGCCCUUCGCGCCGAGGCCGAGCUCAGGGCCAAGGAAGCGAAAGAGGCCGAAGAAAAGCGGAAGUGGGAGGAAGAGAUGAAGAAGAGGGCCGAAGAAGAGGCCCGCGCCAAGCUUGAGGCUGAGAAGAAGGCGGCUGCCGAGGCUGCUGCAGCGCAAGCUAAGCUCGAGGCGGACCUCAAGGCCAAGGCCGAAGCCGACUAUCUGGCCCAGGUCGCGGCCGCGAAGAAAGCUGCCGAGGAGGAAGCGGCAGAGGCCAAACGACGGGCGGAGGAGGCCAGGCUGAAGGCCGAGGCCGAGUUUGCGGCUGCGCUCAAGGCCAAGGCGGACGCAGAAGCCGCGAAGAAGAAAGAGGAGGAGGAGAUGAAGGCGAGGGCCGAGUUUGAGGCCCGCAAAAAGCUCGAGGACGAGAAAAAGGCUGCCGAGGAAGCUGCCGCCGCUGCCGAAGCCAAGAAGAAGGAGGCAAAGGAGCUCGAGAAGAAGAUCGCCGAGGAAGCCAGAGCCAAGUAUGAGUCCGAGAAGGACAAGGCCAAAGACAUGGCUCCAAUCAAGUUCAAGGAUGCCGUCGGCAGGAAGUUUAGCUUCCCCUUUCAUCUGUGCUCGACCUGGACGGGCAUGGAAGAGCUCAUCAAGCAAGCCUUUGUCCAUGUGGACGUCAUCGGCCCCCAUGUUCAAGAGGGACACUACGACCUGAUUGGGCCCAACGGGGAGAUCAUUCUGCCCCAAGUCUGGGAUAAGGUGGUUGAGCCGGACUGGACCAUCGAGAUGCGCAUGUGGCCUAUGGACAAGCCCCCUCCACCUGUUGGUAUGCGUCCUGGUAUGGCGCCGAUGGACAGAAUGGCGGCGCAUAUGCAGGGCAUGCGCGGACAUCAACAACGGAUGGGUGCUUUCCCGCCAGGCAUGGUUCCCCCGGGUGGUCGCCCCGGCGGCGGCGGCGGCGGCGCCGUGCCACCACCUCCCCCUCCAGGUUGGCAGGGCCAACGUGGUCCUCCUCCCGGUGCCACAAUCGUCAACGUCGAGCCCCCCAAGACGAAACACAGAAAGGCCCAGGGCUCGAUGCUCAGCUGGAUGGCCGGUGGUGCAAAGGCCCCCAAGAAGAAGUACGUGUUCAACUUUGAUGCUCAGUGA